AUGCAGAACGCGUACGACAUGCGCAGGUAUAAGAAAUCGUUCGCCGCGUUGGUCGACGCGAUAGACGCGGCGCAGCGAGGUGACUGGCGAGCGUGCGUCGAUUCCUACGAAUUGUCCUUCAACCUCUCCGGAGGCCACCGCUCCAUGUUCAAGAACCGAUACUACGUCGUGUCCGGGUUCACCGCGACCCUGUGCGACGGCGCGUGCGAGCCCACGAAGAACGACUACAAGCUCAUCGAGUCCAUCGUCGACGACGAGAACGAGCGCCCGGAGAUACGCGCGAAGGCUGCGUUCACGAAAGGCGUCCUGAGGUACGACAAAGGCGACAGAAACGGUGCCGCCCGCGCCCAUCGCAAGUGCAUCGCGAUCGUCGACGCGGCGUCGCAAGCCGCGCGCGAUCGCGAGAUAUUCAUCGGCAACAGAGUCAACGCGCGCGGUCAGCCAGAGCACGACAUGCAGCCCGCGGGCGUGGUGAUGGACCGCACGAGAGCCAACGCGUCCAACAACGUUUCCGACAGGCGUGUCGCUCGAGUCGACGGCGACGUCGACUUGGACAGGGUAGUCGACGACCUCAUGAUCCAACGCGAAACGGCGAGGAUGCGCGCGCACGGCGGAGGCGUCAUCAGCAAUGAAAGAUCGCAGCACGUGGCGUUUCGCGCCGAUCCGGACCUUAUGCGAGAGCGCGGGGUGACGGGAGACGAAUACAACGACAGGCUGGAACCGAUUUGCGCGAGCUGUUACCGCUGCGGUUCGCGCGCCGGGUGCGCGGAGCGAUACCCGUCGUGCGCCGCGUGCGGCCUCGUGGCGUACUGCGGGAAGCCGUGCCAGAGAGCGGACUGGGCGGCGCGUCACAAGGCGGAAUGCCGCCCGAAGAAGGAGCUCCGACGCGGCGACAUGGUCCAGUUGCCGCCGACGCGUGAGGGCGAGGGAGGGACCGAGGACGCGACGGUGACGCCCGUCGGGUUCGUGGCCGGCGACGUCGCCGACGGGACCGUCGCCGUGGAGAUACGGCGAGGGGAAACGGUCGAAUGCGAGGUGGAGAAGCUGAGGCGAUUGCCUUCGAGGGCGCCUCCGCCGCCGCCGUGCGCGUAG